UGAUGAUGAUGAUGAUGAUGAUGAUGAUGAUGAUGAUGAUGAUGAUAAUGAGCGACAUCGCGUGAUCACUAUUAUAUUCUAAUAUAAAACAUACUGUAUACAAAACUUUUUGUAACAACGGAACGUAAAAAAUAUUUAAGGAUUUUGCAAAGAGGAAGGGAAUUUCAAAGAGGAUCGCGUUACUCUAAGGAGCACCCUACGAACGAUACUCACAGAGAAUCAUUGGAUGAAAUAAUUCAACAAUCAUACAUAUCGACGAGUGAGUAUUACGACAAGCAAAAGAAAAGUUUUGAAUCUUCGACGAUCUCUAAUGGAUUAGAUCAAUCUGACAAGGAGAAUAGAUCGAUAAUGGAACAAUCAAAUAUGUGGAAGCAAGAAAAGUCAGGUGAUUGGAAGUAUGAGAAGGAAGAACUAUGGAAAACGAUAGAACAAUCCUUGAAUGAUAAGAAAUCGAUUAUUCAAGAUGUUCCUAUAAAUACGGAUACCAAAUAUAGAAAUCUUUAUAGCAUUCCUAAUUACAAUAAAAUUCAAUAUGAUAAUACUAAUUAUACGGAAACAAAUGACGAUUGCGAUCUUAACGAGUGUUCUAAUGGUAUUAUAAUCAAUAAAAAACCAAAGACACUUUUAUUGAAUAUAAGAGAACAUUUAGCAAAUUAUCAAGAAUCUAAUGGUAUUCCACGUACAGAAUAUGCUUUUACGGAUCUUGUUAAGGUCAUGGGUCAAGCAACAGGUCGAUCAUUGAUUGCUCUUCUUUAUAUCAUCGUUAAUACUGCACCAAUUGUCGAAAUAUUUCUCUAUAUCCUACGAUUCAUACUGGACAAAUUGAUCUACAUAAAGAACACUAAUGACAUACGUCAAAUGAUGAUCAAAUACGUGAUACUUGGGAUACAAUUGUUAAGCAUUUACGUUUGUUUAACGUUUAUAUUCGGUUUGAUUGUUUUGCCAAUUGUAUACAUGGUACUUCAUAUAGUAGCAAAAAUUUUAUCGUAUAACUAUUGAUUAAAAGAGAAAGAGGGAGAAAGAAAGACAGAGAGAGAGAGAGAAAGAGAGAGAGACAAAGAGAGAAGCAUAUCAGAAUAUGUGAUAUCUUAGUUGUGUUUGAUGUUCUGUAAUUAAAUAUAUACAUAUAUACAUACAUAUAUAUAUAUAUAUAUAUAUAUAUAUAUAUAUAUAUAUAUAUAUAUGUAUAUAUGUAUGUAUGCAUAUACUGUAAUUUUUUUUUCUCGAUAUACAAUUAUUUUUAUUUCCUUUAUGUUUAAUAACAUGCCAAUUAAUUUAACGAAGAAUAAUAAUAAAGGUCUAACAAAAAAUAUUUCUAACACGAAUGACAAAAUGACAAUGAAAGAGCAUCAUAAUUUGUUAUUGCCGAUAAUUUGUACGAGUAUCUAAACAUUGUUUGACUGUCUCAUUUGAUUGUCUCAUGUGUUUUGCUCUUUGCAAAACGUUCGAAUGAAAAAUAAAGAAAAAAUAAAUAAAAUAAAAUAAUUACACAUAAGUGAAAAGGUGUGUGUGUGUGUGUGUGUGUGUGAUAUGUACGUCUAUAAAAAAAAAAUUAGGAAUAACAGUGUACGAAAUAAGUAUUAAUUAGGAAAACAGAGAAAUAUUUCAUUACGAAUUAAACAAAUAUCAGAGAGAGAGAGAGAGAGAGAGAGAGAAA